AUGAACAUUAACGAUAUUACUUCCAUGCUUUCCAAUGGACCGGUUAGGUCUAAGAAUCAGAAACUAGAAGGCCAAACCUAUGAAAUAACAGAGAUAACUCAUCAGGAAGAUGACACGCCACCUGAUAAAUGGUGGGAAAAGGUCUGCAGAUUUCUUGAAGUCAAGCAGCAUCAUGAAGGUUCGACUACUAGAGCAGAAGGUAUCAUUGAAUCCUAUCUGUUUAAUGAUGAUCUGGCGCCAGUGGAGGAGAAGAGAAGAGUUUGGUCGUGGAAAGAAUUUGUUCUUUUCCGUAUUUCGGGUGGUUUCAACGUCAACACAUGGCAAAUCUCAGCAACCGGUCUUCAGCUUGGUUUAAACUGGUGGCAGACAUGGUUAUGUGUUUGGUUCGGAUACGUUUUUGUGGCUUGUUUUUUGGUUCUCGCCUCUAGAGUUGGUAGUAGUUAUCAUAUCUCAUUUCCUAUCUCGUCAAGAAUGUCGUUUGGAGUGUACUUUUCUUCAUGGAUUAUUUUGAAUCGAGUUGUGAUGGCAUGCGUGUGGUAUUCAACAAUUGCUUGGAUCGGCGGGGACUGUGUUCAAUUAAUGUUAGAAUCGAUUUUUGGUACAAAUCUGAGUACCAGAAUUAGGGACACAAUUAAUACCUCCAAUCUGACAACCUAUGAGUUCAUGUGCUUCAUGCUUUUCUGGGGUGCUAGUUUACCAGUUUUAUCAAUGCCACCACACACCCUUCGUUACCUAUUUCGUGUAAAAUCGUCAAUUACACCUGUGGCAGCGUUCGCUUUUAUGAUAUGGACUUUGAAAAAAUCAAAUGGGCAGUUGGCUCUUGGAUCCUUGAAUAGAAGGACACUCGAGGGCUCUGAGUUGGCUUGGGCAGUCAUCAGAGCUAUUAUGAGUGCGUUAGACAAUUUUGCUACCUUAAUUUUAAAUGUUCCUGACCUUUCGCGUUUCGCCAAAACGGCAAAGUCUGCUACCUAUUCUCAAUUUUUUGUCUUACCUCUAUGCUAUUCAGUUAUCUCGUUAUUGGGUAUUUUGGCGACCUCAGCUGCUUAUACAAUGUACGGAGUCAAUUAUUGGUCAAUUUUAGAUAUUAUGCAGAGGUUUUUGGAGCAUUUCACUGCUGGUAAUCGUGCGGGAGUAUUUUUAAUUUCCUUUGCAUUCGCAAUUGGGCAAUUAGGGACGAAUGUUUCCUCAAAUUCCAUAUCUGCAGGUACAGAUAUGACAGCUUUGUUGCCAAAAUUUAUCAACAUUAGACGUGGGUCUUAUAUAUGUGCUAUUAUCUCUUUGGUCAUAUGCCCCUGGAACCUGAUGGCGUCAUCAUCAAAAUUCACCUCUGCACUCUCUGCCUAUGCGGUAUUCUUGUCUUCAAUUGCAGGUGUCGUUGCAGCAGAUUAUUUUGUUGUUAGGAAAGGUCUCGUUGAUCUCCAGCACUGCUAUUCCAAUCACCCUAAUUCUUUCUAUAUGUAUGGAAACCGUUAUGGUACUAAUUGGAGAGCUGUAGUUGCUUAUCUGUUAGGUAUGGUUCCAAAUUUCCCAGGGUUCAUUGGUUCUGUGGGUGGAGGAUAUGUUCCCGUUGGGGCUAUGAAUCUUUUCCGUUUAAAUUAUUUCGUUGGCUGGCUUGUAUCAUUUAUCAUUUAUUCGAUUCUCUGCUACUAUUGGCCUGUUCCUGGUAUGCCUGAGGGUGUAUCCUACUUUGAUUUUUCACAUUUCUAUGAACACUGGGUUGAAGUUGAUGAUUUUGCGGCCGAAAGAAGAUUUUAUUUGUCAAAAUUGGAGGCAGAAAGUAGUGACUGCAGCGGUGGUUCUGCUAGUGAAACGUCUGUUGCUCCUGUUGAACUCCAUAGUGUUGAAAAGGUCUAA